AUGACCUCAGCAUCUAGCAAGUCGACCGCGACGCAGAAUCCAUCUUCCGGAACCGCCAAAAUUGUACGAUGUCCAACGCAAACUCUCGAACGAUUGCGGCGCCUGAACGAAGCAGAGAUAAUCACACUCUUCACUCCAUUCGUACCCCAUCCGCCAUCGACGAUACUGGCAAAGGACAUGGACCCUUUCGAGCCUCUCGGCCGCGCUUUACCAAGACAAGUACGACACGUCCCAUACCGUCUCGACUCUGGUAUGACAGAGAUGCAUGCCGAUUUUCUACCAACCAGCGGAGCAGUCGUCAUCGUCAUAUGCGCCACAUCGAACGUCAUCAGCAACCAGGCUCGGGCUUUUGAACGGCAAUUGAAGUUUGCGCGGAGCAUUUCAAAGAAGAUAGCGAAGAACGAUACCAUACCCGGACUUCCGAUGAUCCUCAUUCUCAUCGAUGACGGUGCCACGGGCCAAGCUUAUGUCAAUGCGGCAUACGACUUCCCAGCACUUGUUACUGUCAACGACUAUACUACUGCAGCACUUGUGAAUGCGGUACGUGUCCUAUUUGGCAACUGA